AUGCAUCCUGACGACCAACUCAAAUCCGCGCUCCGGAACGGCUUCGACCCGAAGCUUCUUUACAAGGAACCCUUGAAGACCGUGAAGGAGCCAAUUUGUACAAUCCUCGAGAAGUACAGUAAGAUUCCUUUGGAGAAGGUUGUAAGCCAUAUCAAUGAAGUCCGAGACCGCGCAUUUGCAGUGUUUCCUUACGCUUGCAUCGGACAGUUUUCCUUCGUUGAAUUGAGCAUCGCAGAUUCCCCUUGUUAUGCUGAGAUGCUCGACCGUACAAAACAUGGUCAGAAAUUGCUUGAUUUGGGCUGCGCAUUCGGACAGGAGCUUCGCCAGUUGAUAUUCGACGGCGCGCCUCCUACCAACUUAUAUGGUAGCGAUAUCCAGCAAGACUUCUUGAACCUCGGCUAUGAACUCUUCCUAGACCGCGCAAUCCUCCCCGAAUCCCAGCUUAUCGCUGCAGACGUCCUCGACAAACAAUCUGCCCUCUUCUCCCGUCUGUCAGGCAAGAUUAAUGUCGUCUAUAUUUCUCUCUUCCUUCACGUCUUUCAAUAUAAGAAACAGGUUACUGUGGUACAGAAUAUAUUGGACCUCCUCCCCGCUGAGCCUGGCGCACUUAUCGUCUGUCGGGUUACCGCUUGUCGGGAUCAGGGCGUCUUGAACGCAACCCGGGAACGUAUGCCAUAUUACUACCAUGACCUUGCAAGCUGGAAGCGGCUUUGGGAGGAGGUGGAGAGCCAAACGGGUCUACGGCUUUCCGUAGAGACGUGGGAGCAGCCCGAUGAGUUGGUCAAGAACCAUCCGCUUCCUGGGAUAUAUAUUCUUGGGUCUGCUAUUCGGCGGUUGUGA